CUCUCUCCUCCUCCUCCUCCUCCGGGCCCCCCUGUCCCGAAAACACGGCGGCUGGUGCUGAAGCAGAGGCUGCGAGGAUGACGGUAAACCGACAGCGGAUCCAGAACAGAGGGAGAGUUGUCCCGUCGCUCCACUCCGGGAUAGGACUGAAGAAGAUACGAAACCCCGAGCGAAUGGUCAGGAUCGCUGUUGGAUACACAGGACACACCCCUCCCAAGAGUGAUGAAUCCGACGCCAACAAUGAGCCAGGCCAGUUAAAGAUCUACCUUCCCAAGAAGCUGCUGGAGUGUCUACCCAAAUGUUCCUCUCUGCCCAAGGAGCGCCAUCGCUGGAACACCAACGAGGAGAUUGCUGCAUAUCUCAUCACUUUUGAGAAACAUGAUGAGUGGCUGACGACAUCGCCAAAAACCAGGCCUCAGAAUGGCUCUAUGAUCCUCUACAACCGUAAAAAGGUGAAGUACAGGAAAGAUGGCUACUGCUGGAAGAAGAGGAAAGAUGGGAAGACCACCCGAGAGGAUCAUAUGAAGCUUAAAGUCCAGGGGGUAGAGUGUCUGUAUGGCUGCUACGUCCACUCCUCCAUCAUCCCCACCUUCCAUCGUAGAUGCUAUUGGCUGCUGCAGAACCCAGACAUAGUGCUGGUGCACUACCUGAACGUGCCGGCAGUGGAUGACAGCGGGAAGCCAUGCGGUCCGGUUCUCUGUUCCAUCAACACGGACAGGAAAGAGUGGGCCAAGUGGAGCAAAGAGGAGCUCAUUGGGCAACUCAAACCUAUGUGUGCUGGAAGCAGCCUGCAUCAGAAAUGUUCCAGUGUCAAGCAGCGCAUCAUCUCAUCCAAGCAGGAGUCAGGAACAGGAGGGGGGACAGCAGUAGGAACCAGCGUAGCGGCAGGCCAGAGAGCCGAGGAAGCAGAUGGCACAGAGGUCCAGAACAGUGAUGUAUCGGAGGGUCAGACCGAGCCUAACCCUGGUGGGGGGAGGAGCCGGGCAGGUGGAGCAGAGAGGAGGAAUGGCAGGAUAACCAAACCUUCCCUACUCCCACAGAGCAGCAUGGAGGUGUCUUCUUCCACCUCGACCAAUCAGGUGGAGGUUCCCGACACGACCCAAAGCUCGCCACUGUCUAUUGCAAGCGACAUGGCUGACAGCCCGGCUCUUGCCAUCGGAACCAGCUUGUCACAGAGUACCGCUGUGUUUAUGUCUGAGGUCACCACUCUGACCGGGGAUUCUGUUUACUCAGCCGGCCACACCCAUCUGUUGGCUUCCACCCAUGAGAGCGCCACCACUGGUAUCCUGUUGGCUGUUGCCCCUGACAACCAAAGGUUUGCAUCGUUCAGUGGAGGGUUAGGGGAGGGAGGAGAGUUGGUCCUGUCCAGUUCUUUAGACUCUGGUGUUGGAGUCAGCCUUCCUGAGACUACCAUGACCUUUGACCCUGACUGCUUCCUCAACAACCCCAAGCAGGGCCAAACGUACGGAGGAGGCGGGGGAAAGACCGAGGGCUGCAAUGGCGACGAUGGGGGGCUCCACUGCUCCACUAAUGGCUUUGUUUAUAACCCGGCACUCGUCAACAACAUCAAGACGGAAGCUGCGCCGCUGGAGCAGCCACUCUCAUCCCAGAGCAGCUACGUUGGAGAGGGAACUGGCCUCAGCCCCAGCACCACCCUGGAGCAGAUGGACUUCAGUGCCGUCAUGUCGUCGGCCUGCGUCUCCAGCCUUAGCCAGCCGUCGCACCACCCUUCUCCCGGCCUCUUCCUCCAGGCCUCCCCCCAGACAGCCCAGCCAUCUCAGCUGCAGGUCAAUGGCACCAAGGUAGCCCAGGAAUCCAGUGAAACCAGGGUCUACAUGGGCCUGCCCCCAGUGGUCACCGAUUCUCCUGUCACUAAUGGAGAACCCCACACACACCUCCACCAGGCCAGCACAGACCAGCAGGCCCUGUGUGCGAGAAACGGGCAGGCGGCUGUCGGGUCAUUUCCCCUGACCACACAGGACGUCGAGCAACCAGGCAGCAGGGCUCAUCAGGAGGUGGCCACCUUAGAGAAACCAACUGAAAAUGGAGAAGAGUUACUUCUCAAGGCUGGGGAUCCUCACGAGGCCUAUACGAGCGUCGAUGCCAAGCACUACCUGCAGCCCACAGAUGACACUGGAGGGGGGGACGAGGGUGGAGGGGGUGGAGGAGGAGCAGAAAAUGAAAUUAUAUGUAAUGGUGUGAGCAUUUCAGGCACCAGUAGCUCAGUGGGGGCCAGUCCUCAGGCUAUAGCUAUAGGUUCAAACAUUGAGGGCGCUCUCUACAACUCCCCCCUUCCUCAGCAAGGAGGGGGGGUAUCAGCAGCAACGGCUGGCGCCGGAGCAGCCAUCAGUCUGGAAGGAUUUGAGGCUUCAUUCGGAAGCCAGUUCUCCGAUCUUAUCAACGAUUUCAUCUCAGUAGAAGGGUCAGGGGGCGGGGUGGCGGCAGCGGUCUCUGGGGUUCUGAUGCCCCAAGAGGGGGCGGCAGGCGAGGAGCACGGCACAGCAGCCGGUCACCUGCAGGGGUCCGAGGUGGAGCAGGGGGCGCUGGGACUGCUCCAGGAGACGGGCAGGCUUUUCGGUGUGACGGACUACUCCCCAGAGUGGUCUUAUCCAGAGGGGGGAGUGAAAGUGUUGAUCACAGGUCCAUGGUUGGAGUCCAGCAGUGAGUACAGCUGUCUCUUUGACCACAUCAGCGUCCCUGCUGCCCUCAUCCAGCCUGGGGUACUGCGCUGCUAUUGCCCAGCCCAUGACACAGGACUGGUGAUGCUGCAGGUUGCCAUGGGUGGCGAGGUCAUCUCUUCUUCUGUGGUGUUUGAAUAUAAAGCACGUGACCUCCCGGCACUGCCAUCUUCUCAGCACGACUGGCUGUCCCUGGAUGACACCCAGUUCAGGAUGUCCAUCUUGGAGCGUCUGGAGCAAAUGGAGCAAAGGAUGGCUGAAAUAACCAAUCAGAACCCCAGCUCAGAAGCCAUGGCAACCAAGGGUGGAGGAUUGGAGGGGGGAGGAGCCAAUGAUCAGCGGUCUCAAAGCUCCCCUGAUCAGAGCACGUUUGAGGGCCGAGUGGUGGUGGUGUGUGAGAAGAUGAUGUCUCAGCCCUGCUGGACUUCUUCUAACCAGCUCGUCCACAGUAAGAACUCCAGAGGAAUGACGCUGCUGCAUCUGGCCGCAGCCCAGGGUUAUGCAGGACUCAUCCAGACACUCAUUCGCUGGCGGACAAAGCAUGCCGACAGCAUUGACCUUGAGCUGGAAGUGGAUCCCCUUAAUGUCGACCACUUCUCCUGCACGCCGCUCAUGUGGGCAUGUGCUCUGGGACAUACGGAGGCAGCACUGGUUCUUUACCAGUGGGACCCAAGAGCUUUAGCCAUUCCUGACUCUCUUGGCCGCCUGCCGCUGAACAUUGCCCGAUCCCGCGGUCACACUCGAUUGGCUGAGCUUUUGGAGCAGCUGCAGCAGAGUCCUCAAACUAAGGGGCAGUCUGCGGAUAGUUGGAUCGACAAGUGGAAAGGAGGGUCACAGAACGGUGGGAUCAGUAACAGCUCCAGCACUAACCCAAGCCCAGAGGUGAGAAGGAAAAGAACAGAGAGCCAACCAUUAAACCAGAACCAGAGCUGGAGCCAAACUGGUCAAAGAUCCCAACAGGGAGCCAAUGUGGAACAGGGAGGCCCGCCCCCAGCCAAACGACCCAAAUCAAACCCUGCGAGCCAGCGGCAGCUCGCUAACUCAACCCCUGGCACCAACACCAUCAGCCCCCCCCUCGAACCCUCCCAGAAGCCAAAUCCUCUCCAAUCCAUUCUACCCAACUCACAAAAAAAUGACCUCAGCUAUCAGAGGGCACCUCUUUCCAGCUCCACCCCUGACCGGCCUCCAUUCCCCGGUGCCCCGUUCUCUCACCUGCAGGCCAGGAUAAGGGGGUCUGAGAGGGGCAACAUGUGGAGUCUGAGGCGCUCGUUUGGGCAAAACAGUCUGGUCAGGAGAAUUCAAGGAAAAGAACGGCUGGCAAUUCAUCUGAGACAGAGGGUGCUGUCUGACAGGGGGGAGGAGACUGAGCUGCUGACCUAUCAGGAUAACACAGAUGACUUGCAGGUGGACAUUACGAUGCUUGCUGAUCACAUCAUGGAUGCUUCAGCUGGAAGACAUAAGCAGACUGCAGCCACUGAAGCAGGUUCUGCAAAGGCUGCGAUCAGCAGUGAUGUCAAGUCAUUGUCUGGUUACCUUGAAGAAGUGGAAAGGUUUCUAAAAUCUAAGCCCCAGGCUACAAGCCCCAAACCAAAUUCACUCUCAGGGCUGGAGGAGCAGACGACUCCUCAUGCAAACCAAGCGCCCUCGUCUACCUUUGACUGGAGCUCCUUCCUCUGUGCAGCUAUGAAAGAGGAAAAGUUGAAAACAGAUUCCUCUUGUCUAGCUAUGACUGAGGCAGAGCAGCACGAACUGUACGAAACCAUCAGGCAUGCUCUGCACUCCCUCAGAAAACACAAGGGUCCCCUUCAGGAACAACACAAAGAGAUAGCAGCAGUGAUUCAACGCUGCUACAAGAGAUACAAGCAGUAUGCACUUUAUAAGAGGAUGACUUUAGCAGCCAUCCUGAUCCAGAGUCGUUUCCGGAGUUUCCACGAACAGAGGAAGUUCCAGCAGAGCCGUAGAGCCGCGGUCCUCAUCCAGCAAUACUACCGCUCCUACAAGCACUCCCUCAGCAGCCUCCUCACUAAAAAACAGAACCAGGCUGCUCGUAAGAUCCUGAGGUUCCUGCUCCGCUGCCGUCACAGCCCCUUGAUGGACCACAGGCCUCUGAAACAGGUGAGUCCCCACUUGCUCCCUCUCUUUCGGAGGCUGAUGCCUGUUUGCAUGACAGCGGAAGGAGAGGGAGAGGUAGAGGAGUUCCUAGAUCAUAAUCCAUCCCUCCUGCUCUCCUCUUUCCCCCCUAUACUGUAUCUCUCUCUCUCUCUCUCUCUCUCUCUGUCUCCCUCUAAGGACUGUCGAAUGAUGACAACAAAUGUGCAUGACUGACAGAUAGAGAAGCAGGGCCAGAGAGCAGAGAAAGGCCAGGGGUCCUGAAAAUGCGUCACCAGGCCCCGCGCACAGCCCCCUCAGCCUGUGAGCAAUCAACUCCCCCAAUACAUCUCUCCCUCCCUACCCUCCCUCCCUUUUUCCAUUUCCCAGCCUCUCCUCUUUGCUCUUAACCCCCCUGGCCUCAUUUCUCAAGAGGAAAAAAAAAGAAAGAAAACUAACUAAAAAAAACUCUUCCCAGACAGACUGAGGACAGGAUAGGUGUCCAUCAUGGCAGCUCAGACAGACAGACUGCUGGGCAGAGCCCCAGAACCAGGCUCUGCUCACAGCACUGAUCCUCCUCCAGUUUAACUGGGAGGCCAUCACAUUAACCUCAUUGGCAUUUUUUGCACUCCUCAUGGGUAUGUUUCUUUGCAAGAGCAAGUUGUCAAGCGGGAUGAGUAGAAAAAAGGGAUAAAAAGAGGGAAUUGCGUGAGGACGACGUCCUGCUGUUUAAGGCAGCAGCUGGAUGUGCUGAAGAGGCUCAGGCUGGGAACAACUGGAUCAAGAAAGAGGCGACUUUCAACAUGCAAAAAAACACACAAAACCCGCUGUUUUUUUUCUUGUUGUUUUUUUGUAUCAAAACAGAGAUCUGUGAAAGAAGAAGAAACCAUAAACCAAAAAAACUCACUUCUAUGUUGCAUUUGCAUGCAAGGUUUUUUCCCCUCCUCAGCUUAUUCCUCCUCUAUAUCAUCCUACAGAGCUACAGUGGCAAAUCAUUCUGCUGAUUCAGUAUCUCACAGUAUCACCCAACCACUCUGACUCACCGGCUUACAAAGCUAUUAGUCACCUAAUCCAGAAAAGAAAAAAAAGGGGGAGGAACUGCACUUGAAUGUAUGAGGAGCAUUGUUAGAUAAAAGGGAAGCGGCCUGAAAAACGAUGUCUUAAUUUGCUACAUGGACUUUGUAUGGAGUCGUUCUCAGUGGCAGCACUUUUGCUCGCCCGACGUGGUGUGUCCGUGUUCGUUCAAUUCAAUGCAUGUGUUUGAGCUAUGAGCUCCUGCAUGCUUGCCAAAACCGCUUUAGUGUUGUUUCUUUUUUGUAUUUCUAUGUGUAAUUGUGUCUCAUGUCUUCAUCGACUUAUCCUUGCCCUGUGUAAUGUGAACCGUGUAAGGACAAAAUGACUUCUUUUUGGUGCUUUAUUUAUUAUUUAUUUAUUUAAGGGUCUAAUUCUUUGCUGAACUGGCUCUAGAGUGGUUUAGUUCCAGAUUGGUCCCUCAAUCCAAACCCCUCCCCACCCGGUGUGAUAAAAUACGACAUGUUCCAGUGGUUAAACGUCUCUGUUAGUUUGUUCUGCGUGAACCUCCAAAUCAUGACUAUGGUUUCGAGGACAGAGUCACAUAACAUUGCCUUGACUUCUUCUUGACUCCGAGAGGUCUCUAUGCUUGCUCUGUAAAGGACACGGGUCCUAUACUUGCCCCUAUACAGGGCACCGCUCCCUGUAUUGGCCCUAUACGGGCGGUCAAAUCCAUAUUUUGGACUAUUGCAUAUUUCUGUACAUAAACUGACGAGGUAAGGGGAUACAAGGACCCUGAAACUUUUUCAUAAGAAGACUGUAUUUAAGAUUAUAAAUUAUUUUACUUCCCGUAACGAGAACUUUAGACAGAGAUCUGGGUACACAGGACGGCAUAUUGCUUGUAAAUAAUGUAGAUAAUACAAACGGAAUAAUGUGCAUGAGAUUUAAGACAAAAGAAACAGCUAAAAGAACAUGUUAGUGGCUAUGGACUGUGAGAGGAUUUUAACUGCUUCACUUUAAGAGUAUCCAGUAUAAGUGUUAUUUAAAAAGGACAUUUUCUUAAAAGCAUGCAAAAGAAAAAUCUAACAUUAGAACUAUAAGUGGGAAAACAAAGUAAGCUGAAAUCAUGAUCUUUCAGACAAAAAAAAAAAACAAAAUGAAACAAAAAACAUUUACACGUUGUGCUUUUGUUUCUUGGCUAGCAAAAAUUAAACCCGUUUUGCCAGUAGUGCCAAUCAUUAUGAAUGCUACUUUUGCCUAACAACACAGUAUGUUAUGCUGGGGAAACCAGUACCCAGAAGUCUUCAGUAAGAUCCACAGAGGCAGCACAUGUUGACAGUAAACAGUAGUAACGUAGCUCUAGCUCAGAUGUAGAACUACGACUCCUAGAGUUCUGUCUAAAAACGUAUGCAUAAAAGGAUGAUGGAGACGAUGCAAGUAUAAAUGAUGAUGCUGAUGGUGCCGAUGACUAUGAGGUUUUAAAUGUGAAUGCUGUGACUGGUGAUUCAUAAAGGGAAGAGGGUGCUGCAGUGGAUGUGAAAUGUCUGCACACACAGAUUAGAAAUCAUAUCUCUCCUCUGUUAUUGUGAAAUUGAAUUGGCUUUAAUGAAAUAAUUUUAUUGUGAAUCUGUUUAUUUGGUUCAUUGCUUCAUAAUUUAAUUCAACCCUAUAUCCUAAAGCGCUCUGGGACCUUUUGUCUGAGAAAUAUGCAUCAUGACCGAAAUUCACUUAUUUAUUUUGCUUAUACAAGCUGCAUAUAUUGGUUGAAAUUAGAUUAAUAAAAAAAACACAUAUAAUGUGGUUGCAUAAGUGUGCACAACUCUAAAUUAAAACUUUUGGAUUUUAUUGCAGUGGGUUUUAUGUUGUGGGAGGAGAAAGUCAGCAGGAUACAUUUUCACUUGGCAAUAUUUUCUUUCUCUUUAAAAAAA